UUGGUUGCUAUUAGCUAAGCUAACGUUAGCUCCGUAUCCGGUGUCUGCACUGUUGCUAACUCAGCCUCCAUAGACAUAGAUAUAUAUAUAUACUGCAAACUGCUGUCUAGAAGACAAGCUAGACUGCAAACUGCUGUCUAGCUUGAUAUGACUAAGAGCACGUGGCCAGCAUGUUUGCUUGCUUCAUAUGGUGCCAAUUUAAUUGUCAACAUUAGCUAGCAGUUGUGUGAGGGACGUGGAAGAAGAGAGAGCCUUGCCACUAACGUUACCCAGUAACGGUUACCACCAGCAACAGCGACGGAUAACGUUAGUGUUGCUACAGCUGCUUCCUGCUGCUAGCGCAAGUUCCUCGUCUGUCUGUGGAUGAGGUAGUUUGGCGAUUUAGCUAGCUUAAACACACCAGGGCGGUGGAUACAUAUCCACCUCUCAACCACGAGACGAACUACGAAAGGGAAAUCUUGCAGUUCAUGUUUCGCCAAGAAGUCAGUGUGACGUCUUUUAUUCCAUCUUGUUCGUAUCUUUUCCAACACGAGAAGAGGAACAUGUCCAGAUAUAACAUAUACAGCCUUUUAGACUGGAUCUACGGCGGGGUGGACCCGAAGUUUGAGGGCAAUGGGGGCCCCGAGUGUGCCGCGUUCAUCGCACCCCAGCAGCGCAUUAGUGAAAGUCUGGUCAUAGUCCUUAUCUCUCUAGUGGAGGUUUGCGUUGCGCUGAGUAAAAUAAACCUCUCCAAAGAGCUCAAAGUUGUUGGAAAGGGCUGCACAAGGGCUAAGGAGGACAGUCUGGGCAAGAACUUGUUGCUGGUUGCCCUUUGCAUGACUUUUGGAGUGGAGGUUGGGUUCAAAUUCGCGACCAAGACUGUGAUAUAUCUGCUGAACCCUUGCCAUGUCAUGACCAUGGUUCAGAUCUUCCUGUUGGCCUGCCCGCCAUGUAAAACAGCAAUGGUUGUAUUUAGGCUGCAGGUCCACAUGCUGAACGGUGCAUUACUGGCUUUAAUGUUCCCUGUAGUCAACACUAGACUGCUACCGUUUGAGAAGGAGAUCUACUACAUCCAGCACUCCAUGCUGUACCUGGUGCCUCUCUACCUUUUCAGGAAAGGGGGUGUGUACAAGCCUGAGCCUCUGGGGGACAUGUGGUGGGCGCUGCUCUCCAACGGCAUCCUGUUCCUCUACCACUUCCUCUUCUUGCAGGUCCUCGGCCUGGCAACUGAGGUCAACCUGAACAACAUGCUGUGCCCGGCCGUGUCCGAUCCCUUUUACGGGCCUUGGUACCGGGUGUGGGCGACGGGCCACCAGACCCUGCUGACCCUCGCGCACGGGAAGGUCCUCACACUCCUCUCGCAGCACACGGGUUCCGUGUGCAGGUGGUUGCCGGACAUGCUUCGACUGCGCAGCAAGAAGGUUGACUGAAUGUCCACGAGGAAGCACACAGACCUAGCCUUUCAUUCCAAAUGCCUGCUUUUCAUGGAUUUUUUUGUUUUGUUCUCAAAAUCCACAUUUUAAAGCAUCUUUUAAGACUUACCAUCCGAUUUACUGAAACAAGUGAGCAUUUCAGGGCCAGUGAAUCAGUGUGUCAUUAUUUUAGUGUUGUAGUUGGCUUGCAUACAUACUUGCAUGUACAAACAUAAUAGGCAUUUUAAGGCUGGUAGUUAGCCUUGUGGAGUUGGGCCGACUUAGCCUUUCUUUUCUUUUCUUUUUACUUUGGAUAACAGUUUCCAGGAACAUGUAAGUGAAUUUGUGGGGAGAUUUCUCAAGCUGCCUUUUUGUAAAUGUAAAGUUUUAAGGACAGGAAAUAGGAGUCAUGUCAAUACUGAUCUUUCAGGUCAUUACGUAGUAGUUAUGCAAGGUCAUAUAUUAGUGGCUAAAGCUGCCAUUUUGUUUGUCUGUGCUGUUUUUAAACAGAUUGUGAAUGUCAGCCGUUUUAAAAGUCAUUGCUUGUUUAUAGUCGAUUUUUGUUUGUCAUGUAUGAUCACCUUUCAGUGUCGUCAUGACUGAAAAUGGAAAGUUAUUUAUGGCGUCCCUCUGUUCCCACUUUACUACACACAUGUACAGGGUAUAAAUGCAUUAUUAGCAGCCUCAUUGCGUUUCUGUCUCCAGCCCGUUCAGAUCAUUCCAGUUGUGAUAAUCAGGGGACAUGGGGACAAAUUGCGUGCUGAGAUUCACAGUGAUGGAUGAGGAUUUAUGGAUGGAUGGAUGGAUACACUGGGGUGGUGUUAUUACCUCUGCCAAGGAGGUUAUGUUUUUGUUUUGUUGUUAUUUUGUUUUGAUAUUGGACCAUAUUAAAUAGGGUAUAAACUUCAGUAUGUCAUUGGAAUGAAUGUGGUGUUUGCCGAGAGAGAAGAUCUUGACAAAACUUGUAUCUCGGCUGGAACCCUGCACCAUGAUACUUGCUUGAUUCUCAAGUUAAUCUUACAAGGCAUUCUGGGGUUAUCUACUGGCAACCCUGUUGAAAGAAAGAAGUCGGAAUAUGGUAUAUAUCAUUUCAAGUGUUAGGGGUGUGUGUAUUACUGUAGCAUAUACGUACUGUACUUCACUGUAAAGAAGGGAUGAGACAAACUUUUGUAUUUCUAUGGUUUCGAGUGUAUGUGCUGUAUUGACAAUAAAAGUGAUUUCAGUUGACCAAA